GCUUCAUGACUACGCGGAGCGGGAGAGCGGCCACACCAUGCGAGCACAAAUUGAAGUGAUACCAUGCAAAAUUUGUGGCGAUAAGUCCUCUGGGAUCCACUACGGAGUGAUCACGUGUGAAGGCUGCAAGGGCUUCUUCAGGAGGAGCCAGCAAAACAAUGCCUCUUAUUCCUGCCCAAGGCAGAGAAACUGUUUAAUCGACAGAACCAACAGAAACCGUUGCCAACACUGCCGACUGCAAAAGUGUCUUGCCCUGGGAAUGUCGAGAGAUGCUGUGAAGUUCGGCAGGAUGUCCAAGAAGCAGAGGGACAGCCUGUAUGCUGAGGUGCAGAAGCACCAGCAGCGGCUGCAGGAACAGCGGCAGCAGCAGAGCGGGGAGGCCGAAGCCCUGGCCCGGGUGUACGGCAGCAGCAUCAGCAACGGCCUCAGCAGCCUCAACAGCGAGGCCGGCGGCACUUACGCCAACGGACACGUCAUCGACCUGCCCAAGUCCGAGGGGUAUUACAGCGUGGAUUCCGGCCAGCCGUCCCCUGAUCAGUCAGGACUUGACAUGACUGGGAUCAAACAGAUAAAGCAAGAGCCUAUCUAUGACCUCACGUCCGUACCCAACUUGUUUACCUAUAGCUCUUUCAACAACGGGCAGCUAGCGCCAGGGAUAACGAUGACCGAAAUCGAUCGAAUUGCACAGAACAUCAUUAAGUCCCAUCUGGAGACAUGUCAGUACACCAUGGAGGAGCUACACCAGCUGGCGUGGCAGACCCACACCUAUGAAGAAAUUAAAGCGUAUCAAAGCAAGUCCAGGGAAGCACUAUGGCAGCAAUGCGCCAUCCAGAUCACGCACGCUAUCCAGUACGUGGUAGAGUUCGCCAAGCGGAUAACGGGCUUCAUGGAGCUCUGUCAAAAUGAUCAAAUUCUACUUCUGAAGUCAGGUUGCUUGGAAGUGGUUUUAGUGAGAAUGUGCCGUGCCUUCAACCCAUUAAACAACACUGUUCUGUUUGAAGGAAAAUAUGGAGGAAUGCAGAUGUUCAAGGCCUUAGGUUCUGAUGACCUGGUGAAUGAAGCAUUUGACUUUGCAAAGAAUUUAUGUUCCUUGCAGCUGACUGAGGAGGAGAUUGCUUUGUUCUCAUCUGCUGUUCUGAUAUCUCCAGACCGAGCCUGGCUGAUAGAACCAAGGAAGGUCCAGAAGCUUCAGGAAAAAAUUUAUUUUGCACUUCAACAUGUGAUUCAGAAGAAUCACCUGGAUGAUGAGACCUUGGCAAAGUUAAUAGCCAAGAUCCCCACCAUCACGGCGGUCUGCAACUUGCACGGGGAGAAGCUGCAGGUAUUCAAACAAUCACAUCCAGACAUAGUGAAUACACUCUUUCCUCCAUUAUACAAGGAGCUCUUUAAUCCUGACUGUGCCACCGUCUGCAAAUGAAGGCGACCAGAGGAUUGUCUCCUAGUCAUGGAAUGCAUCACCAUUAAGACAAAAAGCAAUGUGUUCAUGAAGACUUAAGAAAAAAUGUCUACUGCAACAUUAGGAAUGUCCUGCACUUAAUAGAAUUAUUUUUCACCGCUACAGUUUGAAGAAUGUAAAUAUGCACCUGAGUGGGGCUCUUUUAUUUGUUUGUUUUUGAAAUGACCAUAAAUAUACAAAUAGAGGACACUGGGUGUUGUUUUUUUUUUUU